GACGCCAGAGGGUUUUCCAGUGCAGGGCGUGAUCAUUUCAUCCAUUAUUCAUAAAAAAUAUUAAAAACCUGAAGAAAGGGAAGCAGUUGCACUGCAGCGUUACAUCAGUUACAUCAGCUCCUGUUGAUUUCUUUAUUUCUACAUCAUCAUCAUCAUCAAGAGAAGAACCGGAGACCUGCAUACACGUAUGUAACUGCAGAAGUCACAUUAAUGUUGAAAGAGGUCACACAUAACCUGGUUCACCAGACUGACCGAGAUGGCACACUGAUCGCUGUGUCCAGACUAAACGACUCAGAAAAACUGAAGCCACUUGCAAUCGUGAUGAAGUGUCCAGGAACGUGGCUGUGGCAGAAAACCAAAUACAGACCCACAGACUUCACUCUCAAUGACCUGCUGCAAGGAAAGUGUAUUCAACCAGUGCUAGAGGAGAAGGUGUUUCUGAAUAAAUAUGAAGAGAUGCAGAAAGGCAAUGUAACUGGAUCUGGGGAGGUAGAUAUGCCAGGAGUCAGCAUAAAAGCCCAGGGGCACGGGGCAUCCAAGACUUUAUCCUCUCUCGGGACACUUCAUAAAGAAAAACUGAUAAUGCCACAGUUUCUAAAAGACUCCAAGUACAAGAAAGUGGACCUUCAGCACAAUCUUAUUACACAGCUUCAAGGCAAAAAUCAAAUCUUCACUGUAGUGAAAGAGCGGAUCUUCACCACACGUGGCUGCACCAUUAACUUCAGUCAACUGAAAGCAGGCAGUGGCAGCGCCUUCCUUAAACUUUUCAGUGUAUCCAUGGUUCGACUGAAUGAGAGCGUUUGUCUACAGAAGAGCAGGGACGUGGCCAUCGAGAUCCCUGCAUGCACCGUGUUGGCCUACAGUGUCAGCGAACUGAACAUAAAGAGUGAUGGUCACUAUGAGGUGGUUGUGAGGCCUAAUGGGGUGGAGGCGGAUGACAGCAGCGUCACUCAGUGUUCAGAUCACGAGACGAUAGAACUGGACGGCUUGUGGGCAAUGACCCCAACGGUGGAGAGCUCUUCACUGAACGUCUUGAAUGAAGACCUGGCAAGUGUAAAGGCGACAUUAUGCGAAUUGGCACAUCUGACUCCUGAAACUCGUUUCUCUUUAUUAAACCUCUUCCAAGAGAUUCUCCCAGACCAGACACUUCUAUCCUCUCUAGAGAACAAGCUGGACAACAUAUGUGAUGAAUCUAUGUAUGAUUAUUUGCCUGACACAUCCAGUGACGUCACUGACACAUUUCUGGACUUGCUGCUGUGCGAUAUGGACACAGGGGACCUGCAGUCAGAUGGAUGUCAGGGUCAGGGUGCACCAGCUUGUUGGCAAGCAGCGAACUCUAACCAUCAUGGAUCAUCUGUAAACUUAACCGAUCAGAGGCGGUUAAUCCUGACCGCUAUGCACAUGCUGAUCAGUGCUGCUGGAGAACUGACUGAAUACAGCCUCAGCUUGCUGAAAACCUGCUCUCCAGAAACAAUUACCGGGCUAAACGAUUUACUAACUCACCUGACACACACUUCCCAGCAAGUCCCCUUCUCUGAGCUUCCUUUUCUCCUGAGGAACGGUGAGGUGCCUGAGGAGGUGGAGCACCUGUUCAACUCCUCCAACAUAACACUGAAGAUAGACAACAGAGAGCUGCAUGCGGAGAUAGGAAGUGGCAGUAAAGUGCUUCCCCUGGUACUGUGUGUGGUCAUCCAUGGCCUCGCGUGCUUGAACGAGAUGUGCGAAAUCGAUGUAGAAAACUGAAUUUCAGCUUUUCAGUGACAGACAUCUGUAUCAUGAGGUGAAGAGUCCUUUUCUUUUUGUUUUAAAUUUGAUUAGAAUGAGAGGAGAGUUUUUAUACACAAAAGAAUCUGACACUUAUAUGAGCUCUAAAUCAUUUUUUUUUAACCCAGAUCUAUUUAAAAAAUGAUGCAAUAUUUAUUUAGCUUCUUCUUAAUGAGUAAAUAUUUUAGUACACUGCUUUAGAUAUAAAAAAACAAGCUGACAUGGAGUAAAAAAAAAUUAGCUGUAAAUGUUUGACCUUGAUGUUUUUAAUACAUUAACUCUUCACAGUCUAAUUCACUGUAAAUAUACACUAUAUUGACGAAUGUUUUGGGACGUCUGCCUUUACAUGCACAUGAAUGUAAUAUGGAGUUGACCCCGCCCCUUUGCAGCUAUAACAGCUUCAACUCUUCUGGGAAGGCUUUCCACAAGGUUUAGGAGUGUGUUGAUGGGAAUUUUUGACCAUUCUUCUAGAAGAAGCGUAUUUGUGAGGUCAGGCACUGAUGUUGGCUCACAGUCUCUGCUGUAAUUCAUCCCAAAGGUGUUCUAUGGGGUUGACUCUCUUAUCCAUGUCUUUAUGGACCUUGCUUUGUGCACUGGUGUGCGGUCAUGUUGGAACAGGAAGGGGUCAUCCCCAAACUGUUCCCACAAUGCAUGAAAUGCAUGAAAUUGUCCAAAAUGUCUUGAAGCAUUAAGAGUUCCUUUCACUUGAACUAAGGGGCCGAGUCCAACCCCUGAAAAACAACCCCUGGAUUCAAUGAUUUGGAUGGGUGUCCCAAAACUUUUGGCAAUAUUGUGUAUGUUAUUUAUACAUUUUAAUGACAUCUCAGUUGCAUCAUUGUGUUUGUUUUGAUGACUGAAAGCUAUUUUGAAGAUGAAUUGUAUAAUAAAGGCAGAUUUUUUUUUUA